GGCUUCUCCGGGUUAAUGUUGUCGGCCGAACACCGUGAAACCCUCAGAAGCGGGAGCCAGGGACGGUUCUUGUCUCCCCUGUCCUCUCCCCACUGCUCAGAACGGUGCUCUGCACAUGGUAAGCGCCCAAUAAAUACCGGUGACCAUUCAGCACCUUGCCGAGGAGAAGUCUGGAGACGGGAGUUCCGAGGAGAAAAAAAGAACAAAAGAACUAUCCGCUACGGUAGCCGCGUCGACCCUAAACCGGACAGCUGGAAUCGCCGAAGACCUCUCCGCGACCCUGCGCCUCUACUUCCCUCAAAGCCCCCGGCCCUGCUGAGGAACAUCGUGUCCACCGUGAAUCUGGCUUGUAAACUCGACCUGAAGAGGAUCGCCCUGCAGGCCCGAAAUGCGGAAUAUAAUCCGAAGAGGUUCGCCGCUGUCAUCAUGAGGAUCCGCGAGCCCCGGACCACGGCGCUGAUUUUUAGUUCGGGGAAGAUGGUCUGCACGGGAGCCAAAAGCGAGGAGCAGUCCCGCCUCGCCGCCAGGAAAUACGCCCGCGUCGUGCAGAAGUUGGGGUUCCCCGCCAGGUUCCUGGACUUCAAAAUCCAAAACAUGGUGGGCAGCUGCGACGUGAGGUUCCCCAUCCGCCUGGAGGGCCUGGUGCUCACCCAUCAACAGUUCUGCAGUUACGAACCCGAGCUCUUCCCCGGCCUCAUUUACAGGAUGGUGAAGCCGAGGAUCGUCCUCCUCAUCUUCGUGUCCGGGAAGGUCGUGCUCACCGGGGCCAAAGACCGGUCGGAAAUCUACGAUGCGUUUGAAAACAUCUACCCAAUCCUGAAGGGCUUUAAAAAAGCCUGACGACGGGGACAGAGUGAUCGGGAGGAGAGCACGGGUUGGGAUCGAAAUCCUCGGGGUUUCCACGGCUAAAACUAACCCUAUUUUGCCCCCUAAUUUCCUUCCCCCUCGGGGACGGGAGAGGAGAUUCUGCGUGCCCUGAAAGCGGAGGGCGUGCUCAAAUCCCCCGUGCCCCCUCUUGAUUUUUCUCAGGCUGAAGCCCUUCCGCCCUCGCGUGUGUCGUUUCCUAAAUAAACUUUUCGGGAAGGGAA